CGAUCCAAAACCCUAGACCGCCACAAACCACCACUGGACAUCUUCAUCAUCCAAAACUGUUCCUCGACGUCGGUAAUCAACGUCAAACACUCUCCCCGACUUCCUCUUCAUCUUCCUUCGAUCUAAUUUGUCCGAUUCGUAUUAUCAUUCGCUACCGAAAUUCAAGUUCAAUUAACCUCGCCGCCGUCAAUUAGAACAGUAAAUGAUUUCGUUUUCUUAAUCAAUGGAGGAAGACGAUGUGAUAAGUGAUGAGGAAAUCGAACAAAUAAUAAAAGUACUCAGGAUACGCUGCCGCUCCUUUCGCUUCUUCGCUUUAACGUUUUCAUCAGUUCAAAGGUCAUUGAUAAGUCAUUUGGUUUUAAUACUGCUGUUGAAGAAGCCCAACGUGCUAUUAACGCUGCACAUGUCAAAGCAGAGAGUGCAAAAAACGGCAUAGGGGUAGUCAAACUAAUGGGGCGCUACAACGGUUAACUUAACCUCCAAUCGAUGUGGAAAUUUUAGAGGUGGCAAAAUGGCUGCAACAUACCGGUUGCCUCUCUGAAUCUUCUGUCUUGAAUUGUUGUCUCAGUAUGCAACUCUUGCAAGCCGCGAUGUACACUUAUGCUUGAUACUUGAAUCACCUUUCUUUCUAGAAGGUGAAGGUGGGCUUUUCGAAUAUGUAAAGAAACUGGUCAAGGAACACGGACACAUGGUUAUUGUUGUAGCUGAAGGAGUCGGUCAAGAGCUUGUUGCAGAAAGCAAUAAUUGUUCAACCGCAAAAGUUGUUUCAGGAAACAAAUGACUUAAAGAUGUUGGAAUGUGGCUUUCUGACAAUAUUAAGGAUCACUUCGCAAGAAAGAGCAACAUGUCAAUUACACUUAAAUACAUUGGUGGAUCGAUCAGGUAUAUAUUGAGUGCAAAUUUUUCUGAAGCAAGUGGCGAAGCUUGGUUUUCGGUUUUUAGUGAAGAAGCUGAGAAAAUAAUUGACUGGUCGGUUGAUGAGCUUGAUAAAAUGAAGUCACAGGAUGACUUGACAGAAUUCCAAACACAACUUAAAAAGGUAACAUGGGUGCCUCAUCUUUUCCGUGUAAUGGUUGCUCCAGUUGAUUUUGCAGCGGAAUCCAAGUUUUUGCUGGAUGAGAUAUCUUCAAUGAAAGUUUAAUAUUAUUGGUCUCUACAUUGAGUCAGUUCCAUGUCCUUAAAAGAUGUAUCUACGUAAACUUAGUUUUUGGUGAAGGUUAUAGUUUGGUUAGGCUUAUUAUGUUGGAUCUAUGUGCAUUGCACCUUUUCAUAUGAAAAAGUAUUUUAAUGGCUAAUUUUUGAAGUA